CGACAUGUAAGCCAAUUCAGUUAAUAUCAUAUCGAAUUUAUAACAUAUGUUUAACAAUUUAUUUGGAAUGCUGUUAUGUAAUUGUUUAAAUUGUUUCAUUUCAAUAAUACUCACCAAGUAAAAAUAUUUUUAAAGCGAUUUCAACUGACGUCGUUAUUAUCUAGAUUUGACCAACUCUAAAAAUGAGAGAAAUCUGCCAUAUCCAAGCAGGACAAUGCGGAAACCAGGUUGGAGCCAAGUUCUGGGAGGUCAUCUCCGAUGAACAUGGAAUCGACCCCACUGGGACCUACCACGGCGACUCCGAUCUGCAGCUUGAGAGAAUAAACGUUUACUAUAACGAAGCCACAGGUGGAAAAUACGUACCCAGGGCAGUAUGUGUGGAUUUGGAACCAGGAACAAUGGACUCUGUCAGAUCAGGUCCUUUCGGGCAGAUCUUCCGUCCUGAUAAUUUUGUCUUCGGGCAGUCUGGCGCAGGAAACAAUUGGGCCAAAGGACACUAUACAGAAGGAGCUGAGUUAGUAGACAGUGUCCUGGACGUCGUUAGAAAAGAAGCUGAGUCUUCGGACUGUCUACAAGGGUUUCAGAUGACUCAUUCCUUGGGAGGAGGAACAGGCUCAGGGAUGGGGACACUUAUAAUUUCGAAGAUUCGGGAAGAAUACCCAGACAGAAUCAUGAACACUUUUUCGAUCGUGCCGUCGCCGAAGGUUUCAGAUACAGUGGUGGAGCCAUACAAUGCUACCCUAUCGGUCCAUCAGCUGGUGGAGAACACCGAUGAAACAUUCUGCAUCGACAAUGAAGCUCUGUAUGACAUUUGCUUUAGGACACUGAAGCUGACGACUCCGACUUACGGUGACUUGAAUCACUUGGUGUCUGCGACAAUGUCGGGAGUAACGACCUGUCUGAGGUUUCCUGGUCAGCUCAACUCGGACCUCAGGAAACUAGCUGUAAAUAUGGUGCCGUUUCCCAGGUUGCAUUUCUUUAUCACAGGAUUCGCGCCACUCACUUCCAGGGGAUCACAGCAGUACAGGGCACUAACGGUUCCAGAACUGGUGCAACAAAUGUUCGACGCUAAGAACAUGAUGGCAGCGUGCGAUCCACGACACGGGAGGUAUCUGACGGUAGCAGCCAUCUUCCGGGGCCGAAUGUCUAUGAAGGAGGUGGAUGAGCAGAUGCUGAACGUUCAGAACAAAAACUCUUCCUUUUUCGUUGAAUGGAUUCCUAACAACUGCAAGACAGCGGUAUGCGAUAUUCCACCCAGAGGCCUCAAAAUGGCCUCAACCUUUAUAGGUAAUACCACCUCUAUCAUGGAACUGUUUAAACGUGUUUCGGAGCAAUUCACUUCCAUGUUCAGAAGAAAGGCUUUCUUGCAUUGGUACACUGGCGAGGGUAUGGAUGAGAUGGAGUUCACAGAAGCUGAGUCGAACAUGAACGAUCUGGUGGCGGAGUACCAACAGUACCAGGAGGCGACUUCGGACGAAGUGGGCGAGUUCGACGAAGAAGAGGCGGCGGAGGAAGUCUAAGUCUUCCCACGAUAGCUUUAGCAUGGCUUAUUAGUGUAGUUUUAUGGAAGAAAUAUAUUAAUGAUGCAGGUGUAUGGUUUCAUUUUAAAUUAAUUGAAGACCAAUAAUGAAAUUUCAGACAAAGAAAAAUAAGAGUUAAUUUUAAUAAAUAAUUUGGAACCAGAUAAUCGUUAUUUAUUAACUAAAAUAUUUAACUGUUUCUGAAUUCAAAU